AUGGUGUGCCGACGCCUGUCGACACACCAGUACCGCAAGCUUCGUCCUGCCCUUGACGCUGAAAUCACCCAAACAAUCACGGACCCGCCUCCGUUUUGCCAUCUCACCGUCAACCUCGGUGGCCACCGGAUAUUCCGCCAGUAG